UCGCCCUGGGCCCGAUCAGUCAGUGAUCAUCCAGAAUGUCAACCAGUGGGACGCACCCAAUCAUUAUCCUCCUCGGGGCGCUAUUUAUCGGCGGAAGCCGUGCGGAUGUGGCCCACUUCUUUGCGUCAGCCCCAACGGAUCUGGGCGGCUAUCUGCAUGGCCAGGUGCCCUUCCAGCUGGGUCUGAAUCCCGCCGCCUUUUACGGACCGCCUGUGCCCAGUCCCGUCACUCCUGCACCCGCUCCCGUGGCCCCAGUGGCGACCACCGAGUUCAGUCUGCCGGAGAUUAUCGAGAAUCGAAGUGUCAAGUUCCAGGGACAGGGACAGGGGCAUGGUAGCUUCAUACCCCUCAGCCAGCACUAUCUGCCGCCUGCCAUCGAGGAGCGCCCCAGCUAUGAGAGUCCCAAGCCCAGCGAGGAAGGCUAUCCGGCCUACUACUAUCCCCAACCGCCUGCCACGCCCAGUCCGCCGACAACCACUGCACAGCCCAUCAUCGUGCAGGAUCCGGGCGAGGACAUUGAGACCAUCCACUCCCCAGGCUACGAUUACCAUGCCCCAGCCCAAAGACCCUCCACGCCCGCGCCGUUGUAUCUGCCGCCCAGUGAGAGCAGUGCGGAUCAGCAGCUUCGACUGCGCCUCAAGGAUAUGCGCUGCCUGCAGGCGGGCUUCUUUCGGGCGGUCCUCAAGCUGGACAGCUUCCUGGGCGCCGCCCCCACGGUGGACCACGACAGCGACGACGUCCAGGACAAGCGGUGCGAACUGAAGCUGGCGCGCAGCUUCCUGCUGCUGGACAUUGCCGGUGCGGACUUUGAGCGCUGUGGCGUCCGCUCCUGUGGCCAGGAUCUGUGCCUGCGUCUGCGAUUCCCCACCAUCAGGGGACUGCGAACCGGCGGGGACUCCAUUCUAACGCUGCACUGCAAGUCCCAGGAGCGGGUGGCCGUCAAGACGCAUGCCCUCAAAAUGGGCGUGGCCAAUGAUGUGCAGGCGCGCAGCGUGGGAAACUAUGCCCACGGAGGCAAUCAGAACGCCUUCCGCACCCACGUGGAGCUGCUGCGGCGUGGCAGCAACGGCUACACCCGCCACCUGGAGAGCAACGGAGCCGUUCAGCUGGGCGAGGAGCUCCUGCUGCGGGCCCACGUCCUGGCAGGCGACGGCUGGAACUACACCAAGCUGAGUGACGUCCAGCUCCAGAGGAUAGCCGCUGGCGGGGAAGUUCUCAACACCGUCCAGCUGGUCAGCUCCCGGGGAUGCCUGAACCCCGCCAUGCAGGCCAUCUGCAGCCAUUCCCCCGUCGCGGAGCCGCCUCUGGGCCAGCGUUUCCACUUCAAGGCCGUGAUGUUCCCGGGUAUGCGCAGUGGCGAUGUCCUGGUUAUUUCCAUGCGCAUCACCGGCUGUCUGGAGCGCGAGGACUGCCAGAUCACGGCCCAGGACUGCCUGCCAUCCGUGGGCCAGCGACGAAGACGGAAUGCCGCCCUUGGCACAGCAGGAAAUGGCACAGAGAUUUCGGAACUGUCGCACUUGACCUUCCGUGUGGUUAUGCCCGGCGCCGAGGAGGAAGUGCCGGCCGUGAAGGAUUCGGCGGGGCACAACCUGGGCGUGGCUGAGGUGUCCAAGUCGCUGGCUCUAUUUGGGAGUGUGGCAUUUGUGGUGCUCCUGUUGGCCGUGGCCAUUGUGGCAUUGUACAAAUUCGGCAGAUAGAGAUUAUGAUGGAACAUUUGAUGAUCUAUCUGUUACUGUUACGUUUUCAUUGGAUAUCGUAGAUACAAGCUGUACUUUCGAGUGAAUUCCUUCUUUUCCAGUUCCUCCUCUUUGUUCCCCCAUUCUGAUGAGAGACCCCAUCCGUGCAGUCCAAUCGUGCAGGCCAAUCGCGGUGGUGUCUAUUGCCAAGAAAAUUGACUUAUCGCCUGUACGGCAUC